AAUGACCAUGAAUUAAAGAGCAUUUACUAACGGCUAUUAUUUGUUUAUGUUGUACAACAAUACCAAUAAGAGCAUUUCUGUUGGGCACUUACACCCGUAUGUGCCUACCUAAAACAUAAACAAACAAAGAGACACUGGAUUGACUGAGUGAAAAUAUGCACAAUACAAGUAUUAGCCAUAUUCUACGACAGGUAUGGAUUGGUAGCCUGUUGUUUAUGAGCUCGUCUGCAAGCAAUCAUAAGCAGACGCCACCACACAUCAUCUUUAUAUUGGCAGAUGAUCUGGGUUUCAACGAUGUUGGCUUUCACGGUUCCGCUCAAAUACCUACCCCAAAUAUAGACGCCUUAGCAUAUUCUGGUCUGAUACUAAAUCAAUAUUAUGUGAAUCCCAUUUGUACACCGUCACGGUCUGCACUCAUGACCGGAAAAUAUCCUAUACAUACGGGAAUGCAGCAUACGGUUCUUUAUGGCGCGGAGCCGCGUGGCUUGCCACUGAAGGAGAAAAUACUUCCACAAUAUCUCAAUGAUUUGGGUUACGUUUCUCAUAUAGUGGGAAAAUGGCAUUUGGGUCACUACAAACGAAUAUACACACCACUUUUUCGGGGCUUUAAAAGCCAUGUGGGCUAUUGGACGGGUCAUCAUGACUAUUUCGACCACAUCGCCGUAGAGCACAAUAUGUGGGGAUUGGAUAUGCGUAAAGGACUUGCAGUGGCAUAUGACAUGCAUGGAAAAUACACUACGGAUUUAGUGACGGAGCGAUCGCUAAAGGUUAUUGCCGAGCACAAUGCCACGGAUAAGGGACCACUUUUUCUUUACGUAGCUCAUGCAGCCGCUCACUCUGGUAAUCCGUACAAUCCGCUGCCCGUCAGCGAUGAUUCUGUGAUCAAAAUGGGGCACAUUCCCCACUAUAAGCGCCGGAGGUAUGCAGCCAUCGUUUCCAAGCUUGACGAGUCUGUCGGGAAGAUUGUGCAGCAAUUGGAGCAUUACAAUAUGCUAAAGAAUUCGCUGAUCGUGUUUAGCACGGACAAUGGUGGACCCGCCGAGGGCUUUAAUGAAAACUUUGCCUCGAACUAUCCGCUGCGAGGCGUGAAGAAUACACUUUGGGAGGGUGGAGUAAGAGGGGCUGCCCUGCUAUGGUCUCCGCUCCUACGCAAAAGUCAGCGCGUUGCGAAUCAGAACAUGCACAUUGUGGACUGGCUGCCCACGCUAAUUGAAGCAGCAGGCGGGAAGAUGGCUUUAGACAAUCUCACCUCAACCAACUUGGACGGUCAGAGCAUUUGGCAGGCAUUGAGCAACGAUGAACCCUCGCCUCGCAAGAGUGUACUGCACAAUAUCGAUGACAUCUGGGGUAGUGCAGCUUUGACCGUUGGUGAGUGGAAACUGAUGCGUGGCACCAACUACAAGGGCGCCUGGGAUGGUUGGUAUGGACCAGCAGGCGAACGCAGUCCUAAACAUUACGAUUGGCAACACGUGGCCAAAAGUCAAGCGGGAAAAGCACUUAAAGCAAUCAAGAUGUUUCCAAGUCAAGCCGAGCAGCAGAGAUUACGGGCCGGCGCAACUGUAAAUUGUAAUUUGAAUAAGACUUACGUGCAGCAGGGCACGGAAUGCAAACCGCUUUUGGCGCCCUGCCUGUUCAAUGUACGCGACGACCCGUGCGAGUAUUACAAUCUGGCAGGACAAUAUCCCGAUGUUUUGAAAUCAUUACAAGCUGAGCUUGCGCAUUUUAAUGCAACUGCUGUGCCGCCCACCAACAAGCCAGACGAUCCACGUGGAGCACCAAGACAUUGGAAUUAUACGUGGACCAAUUUUGGAGACUCAGAUAUUCAUUAUAACGAUGUUGUAAGAUUGAUUUGAAAAGGAUUAUGAAGAAUCCCACGUGAAAGAAGUAAAAGCCAAAUAGUUGUGAAUAA